UUAUCUGUUAAAAUAAAUAUUUCGAUGGAGCUAAUUUCAGACAUAACAAUCAAACACAAUGGGAAUUAAGAAGAUGGUUGACUUGUCAAUAGUCUUCUGGUUUGUUCUCAUGGGCUCUUGUGCUGUCUCUUCACAGACAUGCAGCAAGAGAUCUGGUGUUUUCACACCCAAUAAUACUUACGACUUAAACCGCCAAGCCAUGCUCUCAGUUCUUCCUUCUAGUGUCACUGCUAAUGAUGGCUUCAACACAACUUCGAUUGGACAAGAGCCAAACAAAGCAUAUGGCCUAGCGAUGUGUAUCCCAGGUACUGAAACACAGACUUGUUCUGAUUGUAUCAUGGCCUCAACUCGCAGACUGUUACAGAAUUGUCCUGAAGAGACGGAAGCUACAGACUGGAGAAACAGAGAAUCACUUUGUCUGGUACGCUACUCAAACCGAUCGUUUUACGGAUCUCUCAACGAAGAUACGAUGUGGAGGCAGUAUAAUAGCGCUCUUGAUACCAGCGUUAACUCAACGGAGUUUGUAAAUACAUGGGAGGAUUUGAUGGGUAACUUGAUCGACACUGCUGCGUCAAAGUCCAACCCCAAAUACUACGCGGCCGGCACAAAAGAACUUAGGGUAUCAACCAAUAUACACGGUUUCAUGCAAUGCAGUAAAGACCUAACAUCGUGGAACUGCACGGAAUGUCUACGACAGAACGUGAAUGAAUAUAUGUCGUGCUGCCGUGGGAGACAAGGAGGCUCUAUUGCGAGGUCAAGCUGUUUCAUGCGAUGGGAAUUAUAUCCCUUCUUGGGACUUUUUGAUUCUCAAGCAUCACCUGAAGUACCUGAAGAUCAAGCCAACACAACCAAGAAAGAUGGCAUAAAUAUUUCGGCUGGAGAAAUUGCGGCAAUUGUCGUUGUUCCCACCGUUGUGGUCACUGUCCUGCUUGCUCUUGGGUUUGGUUUUUGGAGGAGAAGAAGAGUUUACCAAGCGUUUCCACGUGAACAUGGAUACUUUUCGAUUGCACAUAGACGAAGGAAGUCUUCCAAUAUGGCACCGCCAGAUGAUGAUGUGGAUAUUACAACUUCAGGUUCACAUCAAUUCGAUUUUAGAGCAAUUAAAGCUGCAACCAAUAAUUUUCAGAAGAGUAACAAGCUUGGUCAUGGUGGAUUUGGCGAAGUUUACCAGGGUAUGUUCCUGAAUGGAACAGAAGUUGCUGCAAAGAGGCUGUCUAAAACUUCAGGUCAAGGUGAGCAAGAGUUCAAGAACGAAGUGCUUCUUGUAGCUAAGCUUCAACACAGAAAUCUUGUUAGACUUCUAGGGUUUUCUGUGGAAGGAGAUGAAAGGAUACUAGUCUAUGAGUUUGUGCCCAACAAAAGCCUCGAUUGUUUCCUUUUCGACCAUUUAAAGAGGGGUCAAUUGGUUUGGACAAAACGGCUCAAUAUUAUCGAGGGAAUCACUCGUGGGAUGCUAUAUCUUCAUCAAGAUUCACUGCUCACAAUCAUACACCGUGACCUCAAAGCGAGUAAUAUUCUUUUAGAUGCUGAUAUGAACCCUAAAAUAGCGGAUUUUGGUAUGGCUAGAAGUGUCAGAGUAAAUCAGACAGAAGCCAAUACAGGAAGAGUAGUUGGAACAUUCGGUUACAUGCCACCUGAGUAUGUGGCAAAUGGGCAUUUCUCUACAAAAUCUGAUGUGUAUAGUUUUGGAGUAUUGAUUCUGGAGAUUAUUGGUGGGAAGAAGAAUAGCAGCUUCCAUCGGAUAGAUGGUUCAGCAAGCAACUUGGUCACAUAUGUUUGGAGGCUUUGGAACAAUGAAUCAUUUUUGGAACUGGUAGAUCCAGCCAUUGGGGAGAACUAUGAUAAGAAUGAAGUCAUUAGAUGCAUCCACAUUGGGUUAUUAUGUGUGCAAGAAAGUCCUGCAGAUCGUCCAAGCAUGUCCACAAUAUUUCGAAUGCUCACUAAUACCUCAAUUACUCUGCCUGUGCCUCAGCAACCUGGGUUUUUCUUCAGGGACAGAUCUGCGUCAGACCCAUUAGCCGAGAGAUUGCUGCCUCGUCCGUCUCCUAUCGUGUCUUUUGCCUGUUCUGUCGAUGAUGCAUCAAUCGCAAGUGUUAGUCCUCGUUGAAUUCGAGGCUAAGGAUUAAAAUCUAUCUUCUUAAUUUCAUAAACCCAAAAGGCCCAAAAACAUAAUAAAAGAUCGAUCCAAGUCUGCCAUAAAAAUCCAAAUUUGCUACAAUUAUAGAGAAAAAAUAAGGAUAAGAGUCCCUUAUCAUCAUCUGUACCAUAUAUUCCCUUGCUUCCAAGUUCCAAGAGUGGUUCAAACCGAUUGAUACAAAACUUUAUAUUGUUUCUUAAGUGACAAGCAACUGAUGAGCCCUAAAGGAUAUUACUACUGGUAACGAAUUUAUAUAUUGA